GCACGGGCUGCUGCAGUUAGGCGACACCGCUCUCGUUGCAAGUUUCCGUAGCAGACAUUUGACGAUCUGCAAAACAAAUAGCUGGACGAAGACACAAGCUUGGACGGCUUCAGGAAAGUCGGCGCUACUCCAUGGUGACGCGAAACAACCAUAACAGCCAUGUCCCGAUGCAACAACCACUGCUUCAUGUGGACACGUCAGCGCUUGAAGACAAAAGCGCUCUCGUCAUUUUCAGCUGGCAUCAUCGCAAAAGUUUGUCUACCCUGAGCUACGGAGCGACCUUCAACAUUAUCAAGAUUUCGGCAGAUGCUUCCCCGACGUUGGAAAGUGGUACCUCAUGCACAGAAGCUACUACGUGGACCCCGCAUUUGGCGGAUCGGCUAAGUGUGUGAUAUUUGAGAGAUAUGGAGCUUAUGAAAACUUUUCGACACCGAUUGCAUUUCACGUUGGAGAACAAGAAACAAUAAAAGGCCAGGUAACUCUUGACGCUGCCCCCUGCUACACGUGUAGAAACCAAGCAACGUUCGUACCAGAGAACGAUGGCGUUCCUCAAGAAAUAUUUUACGCCAUUUACGUAGACUGUACCACGUGCACCAUUCUUCGGCACCAUUAUGCUGAUAACGGGUACGGCUGUUCCUUCUGGCGUCGCGCAGACACCAUGCACGAACCAGCAGACUACUGCGACUUCAUCUACGACGAGAACUGCGGCACGGCACCCAAAUACGAGAUAUACGAUGCGUCCUGCAUUUAAACGACCUCCUCUCCAAUCGUCGUUAUGGUUGUGGGCUAUAACGUUACACUCGUGGAUUCCGAUGGUCUUUGAAAGGGCGGUAACUCCGUGCAGUUGGUUAUGCGUGAUCCUCUAGAAC